AUGGAGCUCAUAAAAGAAAACCACCAGCACUCCGCGGACCGAUUGGACCGCCCAUCGCAAUACCUUAUCAAGAAGGCGCUCCGUUCCAACUUUUUCGACGAUUUAAAAAGAUCAAUGCAUUCCAAAACUGUGUAUGUUGGAAACCUCUCGCAUUUCACCACCGAAGAACAAGUUCACGAACUCUUUCUGAAGUGCGGACGUAUAGACAGAAUCAUCAUGGGACUCGAUCGACAUCGACUCACCCCCUGUGGGUUUUGUUUCGUGAUCUACAAGGAGGAAAGUGGGUCGCUCAAUGCGAUGAAAUACUUGAAGGGAACCAGUUUAGAUAGCCAAAACUUGGAAAUCGACUUGGAUCCAGGUUUUACUGAGGGAAGACAGUUUGGAAGAGGUCGUUUUGGUGGCCAGAUGAAGCAGGAUAUAGCAUUGGCGGGCGACAGAGGUGCACACGAUGGACCGCCAAGACGGGGAUUUCGCGGAGGAUUUCGCGGCCGUGGAUUUAGAGGCAGAGGGCGCGGUAGAGGUUUCUCUAGAGGUGGGUUUAACCGCGGAGGUUUCCAGGGCGGUAGCCAGGGGUACCAGGGAGAUGAUGGGUGGUAG